AUGGCAGAUAUAACGACAAUUUCGAGCAGUGCACAGUUUGCUGACAUCCUGAAGAAGUCCGCCGUCGUCGUUGUGGACUUCUUCUCUGACCGAAGCGCACCGUCCCAGGCUAUCGCGCCACUUUUCGAGCAAUGCGCCGAGUCCUUUUCGAAGCCGAACGCGGUGACCUUCCUCAAAGUCGACACCGAGAAGCAAAAGGAUGUUUCCCAAGCCUACCGAAUUACCUCCCUGCCCACUUUCCUCCUUUUCCGUGAUGGUAAGGAAGUUAGCCGCGUAACGGGGGCUGACCCAAGGAAGCUCCAAGAUCUGGUUACCAAGAUCGAAGAUGCUGCUAGCGCCGCGGAAUCGGGCGGCGCCUCUGGUUCUGGAGCGGCUUGGCGGGGUGCGGAUCUACCUAGAGGAUACGGGGACAUCACGAGCGAGAUUGAACUGAAGGGGUGUGAUCUGCUAAAUGCGGAUGAUGAUUCCGGGCCUGUGCGUGUGCUCUUCGAUUCAUCCAAGCCUAGCGCUUUGGACGACUCGAGAGCGGCUGCUGUGAAGGUCUCCGGAAAGAAGGACUGGAUAGAGAGCGGAGCUGAUGACCAACUGCUUCUCUUUUUGCCUUUCCGGUCCAUGUUGAAGCUCCACACAAUCCAGCUUACAUCUCUACCUCCCGCGGACUCUGAUGACGACGAAGAACCCCCAAUGCGACCCGGUACUAUCCACCUUUAUACCAACCACUCUCACAAUCUCGACUUUAGCGAAGCAGAUGAUACCCCACCCACCCAGGCCGUCACGCUCACCUCAAGCGACUGGAAUAAAGACGGCACAGCGAGCAUUAGUCUACGGUUUGUCAAGUUCCAGAAUAUCAACAGUGUGGUCCUCUACGUCGUCAAGGGAGACGGCGAUGGCGAGAAGGUCCGUCUCGAUAGGGUUAGGUUAAUUGGAGACUCUGGAGAGAAGAGGGAGAUGGGCAAGCUGGAGAAGAUGGGGGAUCUCCCUGGCGAGUAA